UGAGGAAAGGGUUCUGAGAGCCUUGGAAGUGAUAUUCGUGAUCACCGCGAAAUUCUCUAUCGAAUGGUGUAUGAAGUGUCGAAAAAUAAAUUUCACUGCAAGGCUGCCCUGGGUGCAUCUUACAAGUUUCAGUUUUUUCAGCUAAAAUAAGUGUGAUCGAGGUAUUUUGCCCUUUUCUGGAGAAAAUUCUGAUAUCAGAUGUGUCUUUAGCACAAAAAAUGAUUUAUAGUUAAGUAAAUAUCAAGAGAAACUUGAAGUGACAUCUGGAAAAUUUUCUUCGUAAGGCAAAAAUACAUAGAUGAUUAUUCAUGGGAGUUUUUGAGAUGCGACUCUGUUAUUGAGAAAAACGUCGUACUUUGGAUAACAAUAAAGAAAAACCUAAAAUUUUACUAUUAAUACUAGACUCACUUUGGGCUAAUUGUUUUUCACUUAAGGGUUUUCCAAUUCAUCCGAGCGAAAAUACGAAGUGCUCCAUGGGCCUAUCAAAAAUCCGUUAGAAAAUAAAAGUUUUGUAUGAGGCAGGCAGUCCGUAAAGUAGCAUUAAUCAUCCGUCCGAGACUAAGUCAUUUCAUAGUGUUACAUACACAUACACACAUACGUCCAUUUACAGAGUUUGAUGAACUUUAGAUUGUGGUUUAACAUCCGUGAGAGAUUUUCAUUAUCAAAAUUUUGGUAGAAUUAUUGGCGGUAGACAAGCAGUUCCGCACAGUUUUCCAUGGCAAGUUUUACUCAAUGAUAAAAAUAAAUUUUGUGGUGGUAAGAGAAGAAACAAAUUCAUAAACAAGAAAAGAUGCUUUUUAACCCGAGAAUAUUUAUUCACUGAGAAGAAUUUUUAUUAUUUUUCUUCUCUUAGCCACAAUAAUAGAUCGCGAUUGGAUUUUAACGGCUGCUCAUUGUGUCAACGGGUAGGACGCUGAUUUUGUGCGUAUAUUAUUGUUAAUAAUCUAAAUCAGAUCUUAUUUUAGAACAGAUCUAGGUGAUUUUGUGGCAGAAUUCGGGAUGCAUGAUCGAUAUAUUAAAGAAGAAUCAAAAGUCAUUCGGUUUAUCAAACAAGUUAUUAUUCAUCCGUUUUACAGAGGAAGUAAGACAAGAUGGGAACACGACAUCGCUUUAUUACAACUUUCAGAAAGUUUACAAUUAAACUCUUUUAUAAGAACUAUUUGUUUACCAAAUUAUCAACAAGAAUUAGUUCAUGUGAAUGAAGAAGUGAUUAUCACCGGAUGGGGUGACACACGAGGCACUGGUGAUUUUCGCUAUCUUCGUCAAGUAUCAAUUCCUAUUCAAUCAACUGAUCAAUGUGGUUUGAAUUCAACAUCUUCACAUAAUUCUGUUAUUUGUGGAGGAUUAUGUAACUCAACUACAUGUGAUUCUUGUCAAGGAGAUUCUGGUGGACCAAUGAUAAAACAGUACAACAAUCGCUGGUAUUUGGCGGGAUUAAUCUCUUGGGGUUAUAGUUGUGCAGGUCUGGGCAUCUAUACCAAAGUUUCUCAAUAUUCCCAAUGGAUUCAAGAACUAAUUCGACGGGGUACAAUAAAGUAA